GCCCCCGGUUCUGCCCACGCCCUCCUCCCGCCAGCCCGGCAGCCAGCGCAGCGCCCGGCCUCGCUCCCCGUGCGUCCUGCGGGGGAGGAGGCGCGGAGAGGCGGCAAGCGCAGCCGGGGAGGUGGGGGCAGAGGCACAGACAGAAGCGCGGAGGCUCGGAGAGAGAAGACGUGGAGGGAGGGACGGAGCCUGGGCAGUGGUGGACCCGGCCGUGCGCGCCAGGCAAAGCCCAACGCGCAACAGACGCCGGACACUGAGAAGGGGUGGCCCGGGUGGACUCCGACCGUCCAUGCACAGAGCGCCCUCUCCCACAGUAGAUCAGCCGCCUGGCGGAGGGGACAACACCCGCCGGACCCCGCAGUCCAGACUCAAGGCUAGUGCCACAGCCAUGGCACUGCCUCGGACACUGGGUGAGCUGCAGCUGUAUCGGGUCCUGCAGCGAGCUAACCUCCUUUCCUACUAUGAGACCUUCAUCCAGCAGGGAGGGGACGACGUUCAGCAGCUGUGUGAGGCGGGUGAGGAGGAAUUCCUGGAAAUCAUGGCACUAGUGGGCAUGGCUACCAAGCCCCUCCAUGUCCGACGUCUACAGAAGGCUCUGAGAGAAUGGGCCACCAAUCCAGGGCUCUUCAGCCAACCGGUGCCUGCUGUCCCUGUCUCCAGCAUUCCACUUUUCAAGAUCUCUGAGACUGCGGGUACUCGGAAAGGGAGCAUGAGCAAUGGGCAUGGCAGCCCAGGAGAAAAGGCAGGCAGUGCCCGCAGUUUUAGCCCCAAGAGCCCCCUUGAACUUGGAGAGAAGCUAUCGCCACUGCCUGGGGGACCUGGGGCAGGAGAUCCCCGGAUCUGGCCAGGCCAGAGCACUCCAGAGUCAGACGUUGGGGCAGGAGGAGAAGAGGAGGCUGGGUCGCCCCCUUUCUCCCCACCUGCAGGGGGCGGAGUCCCUGAGGGGACUGGCCCUGGGGGGAUGACAGCAGGUGGGCUUGGGGGUGGUCCAGACCGCCUGGAGCCAGAGAUGGUACGCAUGGUGGUGGAAAGCGUGGAGAGGAUCUUCCGGAGUUUCCCCAGGGGUGAUGCUGGAGAGGUCACAUCCCUGCUAAAGCUGAAUAAGAAGCUAGCACGGAGUGUGGGGCACAUCUUUGAGAUGGAUGAUAAUGACAGCCAGAAAGAAGAAGAGAUUCGAAAGUAUAGCAUCAUCUAUGGCCGCUUUGACUCCAAACGGAGGGAGGGCAAGCAGCUCAGCUUGCAUGAGCUGACCAUCAACGAGGCUGCUGCCCAGUUCUGCAUAAGGGACAACACGCUCUUACUUCGGAGGGUAGAGCUGUUCUCGCUGUCACGCCAAGUAGCCAGGGAGAGCACGUAUCUGUCAUCUUUGAAGGGCUCCAGGCUGCACUCUGAAGAAUUAGGAGGCCCACCACUAAAGAAACUGAAACAGGAGGUUGGAGAACAGAGUCAUCCUGAAAUCCAGCAGCCUCCUCCAGGCCCUGAGUCCUAUGCACCCCCAUACCGCCCUAGCCUAGAGGAGGACAGCGCCAGCCUGUCUGGGGAGAGCCUAGAUGGACACUUGCAGGCUGUGGGGUCGUGCCCAAGGCUGACGCCGCCCCCUGCUGACCUGCCCCUGGCAUUGCCAGCGCAUGGGCUAUGGAGCCGCCACAUCCUGCAGCAGACACUGAUGGAUGAGGGGCUGCGGCUCGCCCGCCUCGUCUCCCACGACCGCGUGGGCCGCCUCAGCCCCUGUAUGCCUGCGAAGCCGCCUCUCGCAGAGUUUGAGGAAGGGUUACUGGACCGGUGCCCCGCCCCAGGACCCCAUCCCGCUCUGGUGGAGGGUCGCAGAAGCAGCGUGAAAGUGGAGGCCGAGGCCAGUCGGCAGUGAGAGAGUGGACUGGUGUCCUCAGACCCAGGACCCAGCCUUCUGGCUCACCGAGACUCCUUCACACUGAAUCCUCGGAAUCUAGUCACCACCCUAGAAGGAUCCUUCUGCUGCUCUUAUCCUUCCUCCCCAUCUGCUCCAUGGGCACAGGACUAUGGGGCUUCAAGCAAUAACAAGGAGGGGCCUGGCCAGAGGACACAAGGGUGAAAGGUCCACCCUCACCCAGCUCAGGGGCAUGGACUUUGCUUCCAGCCCACUGGGGCUUUUCCCAUCCCUCAUACCACACACUCCCAUUGUCCAGGUCAUCACCAGUGGUGUGAGCAGCAGGACUCAGCUUGGACAUGGGGAAACAACUUCCCUGGAAAGGUCCAGCAGCUUAAAAUGGCAACGUUUUCCCCUUCUGGGGGCCUGAACACUGGACCUCUCUUCUCCCCACCCCCAUUUUGUGCUUCUAGUUUGUUUCUUUAAUUUAACAAGUGCUGCAGUUUGCCCUCCUUCCUCAUCAUCCCCCCUCUCCCAGUUCUUUCCCUCCUGUACUCUGGGGGAGGUGCCCCUGUCUCCACCAGCCCUUGGGAGGCCUGGGUUGGACCUUAGUUCUCACCCCAGGUCAGCAGGACUGCAGCGCCUGCCAAGCACUUAGAGCGUCUUUCUUUUCAGAUUGUGUACAGUAGAUUAUUUAUUUUGUUAUUUUGGAAUAAAAUUUAUUUUAUGGCUUAGGA